AUGGCUCUCUCUGACGCGGGCGGCGUGUCCAUUGGCGUCUCGUCAAGCGACUCACCAAUCACCACGAGUUUGCCACGACCGUCUGCGAGUCAAUGGGUGGGAUUGGAGAAAGGCGUGCCGAUGGGGUUCGUGGUCAUGGACGAGAUGCUGGCUGCGAUAGUGGAAGUUCACACCCUUGCAGAUGCGCCACGUGACUCUCCGUUUCCGGAGCGGUCGGUUAAGUUCGGUCCGCACCCGGAGCGCUCCCCCGGGGCUCGAUGA